UACUUGAAGGCAGCACUGUCCGCCGUUGCGACAAAACGAGCUACGCUUGUCCUGCUUCACGUCUUGUUGUGGCAGUUUACGGCGCGCUCAACAUGGGGAUCGAAGCUUGGUACAUGGACAACUCUGACGAAGACCAGAGGAAGCCGCACAAACUUCAGCCGAAUCAGCCCGUUUCGUUGGAGACUUUAAAAAACAUCGGAGUUUUCCACUGGAAGCUGAAUGCAGACAUCCAUGAGGAUGACCCACAGUUGCAGCUGAUCAGGGAAGAGCAAGGCUACUCUUACAUGGACAUCAUCACCGUUGAGAAGAACACACUGGCAAAUUAUGAGGAGAUGUUAAAAAGGUUCUAUAUGGAACACCUACAUUUGGACGAUGAGGUUCGCUACAUCCUUGAUGGCCAGGCAUAUUUCGACGUCCGGGACAAGGAGGACCGCUGGAUAAGAAUCGCUGUGGGCAAAGGUGACCUGAUUACGCUGCCAGCUGGCAUAUACCACCGCUUCACAUUGGACGAGACCAACUACGCAAAGGCCAUGAGGCUGUUUGUGGGGAAGCCGAUUUGGAAAUGCCACAACCGGCCAGCGGAUGACCUCGAGAGUCGAAAGAAGUAUGUGGCUUCUCUGCAGAGCGGCUGUAACGGAGCAAAGCACCACAUGAUCGACCACUAGUUGCUUAGUUGCUCCAGUUUGGAAUAUUUGUCAAGGUUGCAUAAUUGCACAAUUGCAAAAAGCUGCAAAUUCACCCUGGUGGUUACCGUAUUUUCUGGCUGCUACUUUUUUCCCCAAGCUUUGAACCCUGCGGUGUAUACAAAAGUGCGGCUAAUCCAUGGAUUGUUUAAAUCUAAAUUAUGGAAUGGAUUAAGCAAAGAAAUCAAACAAUGUACUACAAUGAUCCACUUUACGAAACUGUUCAAACUCAAAGUGCAAAGAAGAAGAAUCCUGAUAAACAUCUUAAAACCUUAUUAAAAAAGGAGAACAUUUUAUUAAUCUCAAAUGGGAUGAAUAAAGACAUCAAUGACUUUUCUGUUAUGGUUGAUC